CGCUGCUCUCCGCUGUGUGUCUUGUUGUUUUCCUCCCGGUUCCUCCGGUGUUCCUGUGAUGGUGAAGAGGAGUCACGCCGGCUGCUGUGCUUCACACGACAGCUAGCCUCCUGGGAGGCGAGUCCCGAUGCCAUGGCCUCCAGCCACGGCUCCUCCCCAGUGCCUCGUGGAGGCCGAGAUGGGAUCUAUCACAAGGAGCGGGGCGACCCGCCUCCUCGAGGCCGGUCCGUCCGCUCCCUGCCAGACGUCUGCCCGAAGGAGCCCACCGGUGAGAGGCGUGUCCUGUGUGACGGCCCGUCCGUGGUGGCGGAGCACGACCGGUGGACGGUGUACAGCUCCAAGGUCAACCUCCCCGCCGCGCUGAACGACCCGCGGCUCACCAAGCGGGAGUCCGACUUUUUCACCAAAACAUGGGGGCUGGACUUCGCGGAGACAGAGGUGAUGCCCUCCUUCUACCUCCCCAACAUCACCAAGGAACACUUCGGACCGUACCUGCAGGAGACGGCUCAGAGGGAAAGAAUCCACGAACGCUGCAAGACGAUCUGUCCCAACAAAGACGAUGUGGACGCUGUCUCCACUAUCGCCUCCAACAACGAGAAAUCCAGAGCUGAGUUGGAACAAGUCCCGAAGAUCUUCAUGAAGCCUGAGUUUGCUCUGGAGGACCCGGCCACCUUCAACAGCGUUCUGCCCUGGUCGCACUUCAACAGCGCCGGAGGGAAGAGCAACCGAGACGUGGCCUCCUCCAAACUGCUGCAGGAGAAGCUGAGUCACUACCUGGAUGUGGUGGAGGUGAGCAUCGCCCGGCAGAUCUCUCUGCGCUCCGAGGCCUUUUUCCACGCCAUGUCCUCGCAGCACGAGCUUCAGGACCGGCUGCAGGAGACGCAGCGGGCCGUGGCCGUCCUGCGGGGCCGGACCGCCGCCAUCGACCGGAUCAUGUGCCAGGGCCCGCUGGAGGCCCUCCGCACCGCGCUGACCCGCAACAACUGCGUGAAGCUGCACAACAAGCUGAAGCUGAUGGCGGCGGUGCAUCAGACGCAGCCCACCGUGCAGCUGCUGCUCUCCACCUCCGAGUUCGUCGGAGCGCUGGAGCUCAUCUCCACCACCAAGGAGGUGCUGCAGCAGGAGCUGCAGGGAAUCCACAGCUUCAGACAUCUGGGCUCCCAGCUGUGCGAGCUGGAGAAGCUGAUCGAUAAGAUGAUGAUUGAGGACUUCAGCAUGUACGCCCGCAGCGACCUGAACCGCAGCCUGAGGGAGGAGCCGCUGGUCCUCGAGAAGGAGCGUCUGGAGUCUCUGGUGUUCGGCCUGCUGAGGCAGAGGAAGCUGGACUUUCUGGAUAUUUACAGCGAAGAGAUGAUCAUGGCUGCCAAGGCCAUCGUCUCUCAGUGUGUGGCAGAAAACGUUUUGAACAUAGAAGAUAUAGACACUGAAGUCGUGACUAAGCUAACUGACCAGGUGCGUCUGAUGACGUUCCCUCAGUGGUUCGAGCUGCUGAAAAGCAUCUUUGAGAGUUUCCUUCUCUUCCUGCAGAGGAUCAAGGCCGCUCUGAGCGUGAUCAAAAACGUGGUUCUGGAGGUUCUGGCCUCUAACCAGAGGAACCGGCUCCUGGAGGAGAAGGCCAGAGCGGGGGCUUCGGUUCAGGAGGCUCCCCACGGCCCGUCGCUCCUGCAGGGGGAAGCCGAGCUGGCCUACCUCACCCACGAGGGUCUGUUCAUCAGCGACGCUCUCAACGAGGUCCAGCAGCAGCAGCAGCAGGUCCAGGAUCAGAGCUCCAGGGUGCAGCAGAGUCGAGCGGAGCCAGCAAGCAGCGACCCGACAGAGACCUCCAUCAGCAGGGAUCAGAGCUUCAUGUCCGGUGAGAACAUGAUGCCCACCGAUCUGGAGCUGAACCGUGUGAUGAACAACCUCCAGGAGCUGCUGCACACGGCCUCCGACGUCAGCCACGACCGCUGCGUCAAGGUCCUCACCGCCAGAGCAAAGGACGGCUCUCUGGAGCGUCUGAGCUCGGCGGAGUUCGUGUGCCUCUCUCAGGCCGUGGAGGGCUUCGUCAGGGACACGGAAGAGCUGUGCAGCCGGCGCAGCUCCUCCCUGAGGGGGGCGCUGCAGAGCCAGGCCAACCGCUUCGUACACCGCUUCCACGAAGAGCGCAAGACCAAACUCAGCCUCCUCCUGGAUAACGAGCGCUGGAAGCAGGCCGAGGUUCCCGCUGAGUUUCAGGACCUGGUGAACUCCAUCGCUGACGGAAGAAUAACACUACCGGAGCGCAAAAUCCCAGGUCUUGAGGACAGGAAGCCCGCCGAGUUCCUGCUCGUCAACGGGCAGAAAUACGCCGUCGUCGGGACGGUUCUGCUGCUGAUCCGGAUCUUUCUGGAAUACUGUCAGUGUGUCAACGACAUCCCAUCCAUCGCCACCGACAUGCUGACGCGUCUGUCCGACCUCCUCAAGCACUUCAACUCUCGGAGUUGCCAGCUGGUUCUGGGAGCCGGAGCUCUGCAGGUUGUCGGACUGAAGACCAUCACCACCAAAAACCUCGCGUUAGCUUCCCGCUGCCUGCAGCUGGUGGUUCACUACAUUCCCAUCAUCAGAGCUCAUUUCGAGACCAAACUGCAGCCCAAACAGUUCAGCGUCCUCAGACACUUUGACCACAUCACCAAGGACUACAAUGAUCACGUAUCAGAGAUCUCUGCUAAGCUGGUGGCCAUCAUGGACAGUCUGUUUGAGAAGGUUUUAUCAAAGUAUGAAGUGAAGGCUCCGAUGCCCUCGCUCUGCCUCAGAAACGUCUGUAAACAGAUGGCGAAGAUGCACGAAGCCAUUUCUGAACUUCUACCUGAAGAGCAGACGCAGAUGUUGUUUCUGAGGAUUAAUUCCGGUUUUAAGAUGCACCUGAAGAGGCAGCUGGCUCGACUCGGAGUCGUAAAUGACGGAGGACCUCAGCACGGGCUGGUUGUGGUGGACGUCGCCUUCUACACGGAGAACGUCCAGGCGCUGAAGAGCCUCGACCGACUCGACCUGAACAUGGCUGAGAUCUGGGAGCAGAAGAGGUGAUGGAGGACGACAACGGGACGUCCAGGACCGACCCAUGAGACCCGGAGACGCCAGGCCGACCUCCAGGGGGCCCGACGGCGGCCGGCCAGCCCGAGGGGGGAAGGAAGCCCGGAGGGACCAACAAUCCAAAACUGGGAGAAGAAGAGCAGUGAGGCGCCGGGGGCUUCCUGAACAGCUCCACCUUAAAAGACUCAAGUAACACACAGGAGCCUCCUUAAAACACUGCUGCCACCUCAUCUCACUGUGUGCAAUUCAACAGAAAUAGUAAAUUAUUAGAGACAGUUUUUAGUGGGAGUGAAGGGUGUAGAUAAUGUUAAAGAAAUGGCGGGGUAAUUUAUUUUUCUGUCGUCUUGAAAACAUUCUAUACUGUGGCGAACUUUUCUCCAGAUGUUGGAGCUGAAGGGGUUUUUAUCAUCGACGCACACUGAAAACUAUGAUUUUUUUCUUCUGUCGCUGGUUUCGCAGACUUUUUUGCUUAAUCUUCUCAGCCGAGGGAUUUCUGGGUGCAGAUGACGAGAUUCGCUCUGGAAUUAAUAUUUUUUUCUCCUUCCUGCAUCUGGAAGAAUCAACAGGGUUCCCUCGCGGUGUUUCCAAACCUUUUUUUUCCAAACCUCGUUCAUCAGCUGUUUUUUUUUGUUUGUUUUUUUUCGCUGUGGUGAAAACGGAUUCUUAAAGUUUUUAUACUCGAGACACAAAUAUUUUCCAGACUUGUUGUGUUCAAGGACUGGAAAUCAAGACGGUUUUAGAAAACAAACCUGUGUAAUUGAAGAGUUAAUUUCCUUAAAACUUUAAACAAACAUCCAGACUGUGAAAGCAUCACACCUCUCAGCUACAUCCUGUCGUUACCAAAGUAAAACACUUCAUUUAGGAAAUCAACUCUUUAAUUACACUUUUGUUUCCUUCAAACUGUCCAAUUAUGCAUUUUUGUUUUCUUGAUCCAGAGACAAAUUUUUAUACAUGUAGGUGAUUUAUUGAGUUUGACUGCAGAACAUGAAGCAUGAAAAUCAGCUGUUGACUCAAACUACUGUUCUCCUUCCUACUGUAGUUUUAUUUAAUCUGCAUGAAGAACGUGAGCUUUUUGUUUCCUCUGAAGCUGAACAACUCAAAACGGAACAGAAAAUCAGUCUGUUUGUUUAAUGAAGAAAACAAAAACAUCCAGAAUUGAAACUUGCACAAAACAACGUUUUACUAAUUAUUAAUGAAGCUAUGCGUCCGCAGCAGAUUCGUCCUGUUUCUCCAAAAUAAAUUCACGUCUCCAGACACUAAACUCUGACAGGAAGUGGCUCCUAAAGUCAGAAAUAAUCACGUGACCGAGUCGUGUUUCCCGGGUUUUAUUUGUGUUCGGGCAGUUAUUGUGAAUCAAAUCACAAGACGUGACCUGAACAAUUUACCUGAAAUCGAUGUCACUUUCUCGCGGUGCUUUCAGGUGCUGUCUUUUUGGACGUACGUUCUGCCACGUCUCGUCCUCCUUCCACAUCAACAAUCUGUUUUUUUAUUUCCUUCAAACAAAACAGUGAGAAACAUGAGAGCCCAAAAUGUUAUUUAGUUGAGCUAACAUAACAUAAAAAGACAAUAUAAUGCAAUUUCCUUCACCUUUUCAAGUCAUCAAGUAGUAAAAAUUCAAGGUUUUGAUAAUUAACUUUUUUUCUUAUUUAAACUCAGGAUGUCCCCUGUCUUGCAAGUUUUGUUCUUAAACUCAAAAUUCUGAUUCGAGGACGAGGAACGUGUUAAAUGCACUUUUGUCAUCAGGUUACAUGUUAAUGAAGCUGUGCUAACCCCAACACACACACACACACACACACGCAUGUUUUCAGGUGUUCUGGCCGUCUGCGCCUCGUUGGGCUAUUUCAAUUUUGACUUUUUUGUGCUGAUGUAGUUUUGAAGCGCUCCCUCUGAUUUGAACGUUUCUCAAAACUGAGUAGUCAAAGAUAGACCUUUAUGCUGCUCUGAAGUGCACCUCAGCAAAGCCUCAGCCAGAAUACCAAACUACAUUUUUGCAAGUUUUUACAGCACUUACUCAGUCCGGCCACUAGGGGCGCCAACAUGCAGUUUUCUUCAAACUUUCGAUUUUCUGUUCCUGAGUGAAGUUCAGUCACACAAACACAUCUGUCCAGCUGUGGUCGCAUCACCUCAAGUCUCUGAAACCCAAAUCAACACUACGGACUCACUGCAUUAAUCAGCUCAAGUACUUUAACACAACAGGUUGAUUCCAGAGAAAAUCUUAUUUUUCCAAACUAAUAUCCUGUUAUCAUGAGAAAUCUACUUUGUUAUCCUGAAACAAUGUGACGCAACAACCACGGCUGUUUAGGAACAUAUCGUCUUUAUAUAUAUUUGAGGUCGGACGCCGGUCAGGAACACAUUAGAGUGUUUUAGAGUGAAUCAGAGUGUGAUGUGACGGCAGCUGUCAGGUUCCCGAGAACAAAAAGCUUCAACUGUCAUCGCUGUCCGCUUCAGAAGUGCCUCCUUUUGAUCGACUGUCAGAGACGACACAUCUGAGCUCUCCACUACAGUGUGCCUACCAUACCACUGUGUGUGUGUGUGUGUGUGUGUGUGAGUGUGAGAGUGUGUGUGAUUGUGUGUGUGAUUGUGUCGGGCUGCAUGUAUGAGAAUCCAAGAUGUAUUGAAUCCUUCAAAACCUGAUGUGAAUAAAACAGGAUGAUGGAACGACUCGUUGUCCUUCAGUCUGUUU